AUGAUUACUGAUCAUCAACCAUUUCUUAAUCAAAAUUUUAAACGAACAUUAGAUAAUGAUGAAAAAGAUAUUCAAAAAAUUAGAGAUAAUUAUUCAGAAAUUAUUCGAAAUCAUCCAAGAGCAGAUUCUACAGGAGAAAUUCGUUCAAAAAUUAAAGAAAUUAAUACUCGUUGGGAAAUAUUAAUUGGAACAGUACAUCAAACAAUGAAAAAUCUUAAAUAUAUAUGUUAA